UCUAUCUAUCUAUCUGUCUGUCUGUCUGUCUGUCUGUCUAAACUCAUUCACUAUGAGCUGCUUUUCAUCGUGUACUGAUUCGUUACAAGCAGCCAGUAGUCGUCAGGGAGGUCAGGGGUCAAAGCGAAAGAAACACUGCACAGAGGUGAUCAGCUCUGUCUAAGCAGACUUUGAGCCGAGUUAAUCAGCCUGCAUAUGUUGACCCACUGCAGCUAUGUAACCAUGUCCUCUUACAUAAGCCAAGAUAAAUAACCUGUUAGACAUACCUGAUAACAGCCUUAACCCAAGACCCUUUUUUCACUGCAUAACCCAAAAAGAUGCAGAAUUCAGUUUGAGGAUCAGAGAGCAUUAUUGUUUCACUUACAACAGUUACCAACAUGUAUUUAUUUGAAAGGCUGGAUUAGCUCAUGAAAAUACAUGCCCUUCCUUUCCUUUUAUUUUUUGAGAAUUUCGUGAGAAAACAAAAAGUGUUAAAGUUGAGCUGGGAGAACUAUUCAGCUUUCAGUUACACACUGAGGGACAACAGCUACAGCAACACCAGCAAAAAGAUCAUAAUGGCCUUCCUCCUGUGGCUUGGCCUGUCCCUGCUGGCCUCCGUCCAGUCCAGCGGCGUCAAGAACUGCCACCAUGGUUGCCGCUGUGAGGUGGAAAACUUUGGCCUUUUCGACAGUUUCAGCUUGACCAGGGUGGACUGCCGAGGGUUGGGGCCUGGCGCCAUCAUGCCUAUCUCCAUCCCACUGGACACUGCCCAUCUGGACCUGUCCUCCAACACCAUGGGGCCGCUCAGUGACACCAUGUUAACCGGUCCAGGCUACACCACCCUUGUUAGCUUGGACCUAAGCAGCAACCAUAUAACAAAGAUAGCACCCAGUGCUUUGUCCAAGCUGCGUUACCUGGAGACUCUGGAUCUGAGCCACAAUGACCUGGAGAGCCUCCCCCCGAGCUGCUUCUCCGGCCUCCCUCUGGCUGAAGUCGACCUCAGCCACAACAGCUUCCAGGACUUCGACAUGGAUGUGUUCCCGACAAAAGUUAACGGUGAACCUGUCAGCGUGGAUCUGUCUCAUAACAAGCUCGUGUCAGUGUGCACGACUUCGCAUGGCAGAGUGUUACAUAUCCAAAGCUUAAAUCUGUCAGCAAACCGACUUUUGAGCAUACCGAAGCUGGAAGGACUUCCUCUGAGGUACCUCAAUCUGGACGGUAAUCCCAUCACACGCAUCAAGGAGGGAGCUUUCGCUCAGCUCAAAGAUCUUGUUUAUUUAUCCAUCAGUGGCCUCCAUGAGCUUCAGGAGAUCGAGCCCAACAGCUUCAAGGGCCUCCAGAGCCUGCAAGUUCUGGAUCUCUCAAACAACCCCAAGCUCAAGACUCUGAGUCCCGCGGUUUUCAGCGGACUAGCCUCCCUGCAGGAGCUGAAUUUGUCAAGCUCUGGCGUGGAGUCCUUGCCAAAUAACAUGCUGACCCACCUUCCCAGUGUUAAGAGUAUCACACUGGGGCCAAACAUCCACUGCUGGAGGACCCAGAAACAGGGACAGUUCCACCGGCAGCUGGGGCAGGUCCAACACAACGAGGUGCUGAACUGCAACGUGGAGGGCAUCGUGUUGUGAAACAGUGCCUGUGGAAAUGGACCACUCCUUAAGGGGCCAGUGUGCUCCAUCAGAACCCUGACCCAGAGCUGUGCCUUAUCUGCUUUAUAUGCAAAACACUUUCCUGUUACUUUCACCCAAGUACCUCUGUUCCAAAGCAAACCUUUGGAACAUGUCUUAAAGGUUCAAAGUAGCCUUUAUCAACUUUUGACAGACGUUAUCAUAAACCGAUGGCAAAAUGUACAGCAUUCAACAUAUAACAGACCAUUUUCUUAACAUCAUAACAUGUCACCUGAACUGGUAGAGAACCUUCCAUGAAUCCAAAACUUAAAGCAAUAUUCACACUUUACAUAUUUAAUUAAACGGGACCAUAUUAAGAGCUAUUUGCACUUAUUCCAGUUGUUUUUUUUUUCUUUUGUUUUGAAUAAUGCACUUACACGUGGCUUAAAUGUCAUCCAGUGUGAUACAAAACCUUCUGUGCAUUGCUCAUAAUAUCCAAACUGAAGGAUAUUUUACAGCUGUUGACCACUAACAUUUUAUAUUUGACUUUGAAUGUGAUGUUUAUUGAAACGGUUAAAGGGACACAUAGACGUUUUGGGAAAUGCACUUUGCGAGCUGAGAGUUAGAUGAGAAGAUUUCUUAUAUUUGCUUGUUCGCUAUGAAGCUACACCCGGCAGCUGGUUAGCUUAGCUUCGCAUACACAGUGAAAACAGGGGGAAGCAGCUUAUCCUGGCUCUGCUCAAAGGUAACAACAUCCACCUUCCAGCACAUCUAAAGCUCACCAACUAACACGUUAUAUCUUAUUUGUUUAUUCUGUACAAAAUCAAGGUGUAAAAUCAUAAUUUUCUGGUUUUACGGUGCAUUAUUUCUUGGCAGACGUGGGACCAAUGCUUCAGGGUUUGUAAUGAUGAUAGAUGAGAUAUAACCUGUUGUUAAGUGGAUGUUGGGGGGGUCAUCUUAUGAAGGAACUAUAAUUUAAACUGACCUAAAUGUGAUGUUUUCGGAUUUAAAAUUGCUAUACAUUAUUUAAUAUACAGGCAUCUUGUUCCAUCUAUAGGCCUUAAUCUGCGCACCAUUAUAGCAUUUAUAAUUUUUACCUUUUAAGAAGGCAGUGAAUGUCAUUUGUGCCCUUGAUCCAGCUGUUUCUGCUGUUUCCAGUCCUAAUGCUAACAUCCGCUACUGACUGUAGCUUGAUACUUACUAUGCAGACAUGAAAGUGGUAUCAAUCUUUUUAUGUCAUAGGAAAGCUUAUAAGCUAAUGUGUGUAUAUAUAUAUAUAUAUAUAUAUAUAUAUAUAUAUAUAUAUAUAUAUAUAUAUAUAUAUAUAUAAUGUCCCAAAUUUGUACAAUCCAAGUACCAGAAUCCUUUUAUUUAACACGGUCUAGGUGGAAAUGUACCUUAACAUCUGUAACUGUUAAGAACUUCUCUUGUUACAACCACAAAAUGACCAUUUUAUUACUUGAAUUUUUUGUUUUCUAUGACCACCAGCCCAAACCUGACACCAUGUCCAUUAAUGCUUGGAUCGUUUACCUUCACACUGACACUAACAGCUGGUGUACAAACGAGGUCCAUGCAGCCUUUGACAUAGUGCUCACUGCUCUGUUUGUUUCUGACAUUUACACAACAGGAGUAAACAAGCCCUGACCACGCUGCCCGCGAGUUUAUGUCGACCCGCUAUGAAACACACGAGACACUGACAUAUGGCAACUUUCACAUAAUUAGUAAUGAAGUGAUGUUGAUGUUGAAACGGCGAGCUGCUUUGUGCUGUCAUGUGUAACUUCACCUUGGCAUUCCUGUGGUAUUUCUGUGGGACGGAGAGGACGAUCAGCCUCAAGACUGCAUAUAAGGGUUUCUGAAUGUUGGCAAUCUGUGAAGGCUUUGGUGUUCUGGUUUUGAUAUUUUUAAAAGGAAAUCCACCUUUUCAGUUGGUUAAUUAAAAGUCAGAUGAGCCCAGGCUUGGUGUAGAAG